ACAGGAAGCUGUUCAGGUUUGCACAAUAAUAUUCUUUUGCACAGGGAAGAGUCCGGGGAGUGGAAGAUGAAACUGUGACAUUUUGAGCUAACGUUGUACUCACGGCUCUUCGAAAAAGUCGUAUUAUUUAACGUAGUUUAUUAUUAUUAUUUUUUUUAAGUGUAUUAGGGUAUACUUUUCGGUUCCCUCGUUAGGAAUGGACGUUGAAAUCGUUCAGUUCGAGAUCGAUACUUUUGAUUGGUACAGUACGAGCACGACUAGGGUAGAUAUUGCAGUAUCUGCUGUAAAAAGCUGACUAGUUAGUUCACUUGUUGUAGUUUGUUCUGAAGUCUUUCGCCGGACGUUGAUUGCUAAAGACCGGUCACAUUUAACUGCAGGUUCAAAGUAAAAUCAGCGUACAGAUGGAAGUAAUGAAACCAGGAACGAAGCAGGAUUGGAGACGACCAGAGAAGGCUGUGUUGAUUGCAGAGCUGAAGCCAGUCCACCCUCAGCCCCUGGAGCGCAGGUCGGGCUGUGAGACCUGGAGUGCGGAGUUCUCCCCCGAUGGCUCCUAUUUUGCUUGGUCGCUGGGACACGGGAUGGUGAAGCUCGUCCCGUGGCCCCUGGAGGAGAGCAGCGGGAGCCCUACUAGAAGUGCUACCUGGUGCAAGAACUACCUCUCUAAUGCAGGACAGCAAGAAAAUGGCAACCCCAAGGAAAAGACCCUCGAUUGCAGACAGACUGUGUGGAGCUUGGCUUUUGGUCCGCGCUCAUCUAAGGACAGAACUCGCCACAGACGUGAUUGUCAGCCGGCAUCGUUUUGUGAUCUGUUCUCAAGCCUGGUUCUGGCCACAGGUCUUAAUGAUGGGCAUAUCAAAGUGUGGGAGGUACUAACAGGUCAUCUCCUGUUCAAUCUAACUGGACAUCAGGAUGUGGUGAGGGAUCUGACCUUCGCCCCAAACGGAGGCUUGACACUUGUCUCUGGUUCUCGAGACCAGACGCUACGAAUUUGGGAUUUAACAAAAGGCGGUAAAACGGCCCAUGUGUUGACUGGCCACAAGCAGUGGGUGUACUGCUGCCGGGUCUCCCCUGACUGCAGCAUGAUCGCCUCUGUUUCAGGAGAGAAAUCCGUGUUCCUGUGGAGCAUGCGAUCGUACACCUUCAUUAGAAAACUGGAGGGUCACAAGAACUGCGUCAUAUCCUGCGACUUCUCACCUGACGGAGCUGUGCUGGUGACGGCGUCCCUCGACACACAGGUGUACCUGUGGGACCCCUACACUGGGGAAUCGCUGAUGCAGCUAAGCCAUUGUUUUCCUGACCUGUACAGUUUUGCCGUCAGCGAUGUUCGCCUGAGGUCUGUGCGCUUCUCUCCUGAAGGCUUAUACUUUGCAACAGUUGCAGAUGACAGGGACUUGAGGAUUUGGGCGUUAGGAAUGGACAGGCCAAUAAUAGAAAGCCCAGCUCCACACAAUCCUGUGACGAACGGCCUGUGCUGCGCUUUCUCACCGCAAGGGGGAGUCCUUGCAACAGGGACGAGAGACGGGCAGGUGCAGUUCUGGAGGACUCUGAGGGUCGUGCCGAGUUUACGACACCUGAGCCGCGUAUCCCUCCGCCAGUCCGUGUCCUCCCAUCAGGUGAUGGCGCUGCCCCUCCCCAAGAAGAUGAAGGACUUCCUCACUUACAGGACUCUCUUAACAUGCCAUGAGAACAACUCCCUUCAUCACUUGCAAGAAGUCAUAGCCCUCAAUUAAUAACCAGUGUUGCUGACACAAAAGCACUUUCUUUUUCCUUAUAAUGUUAUUGGUAACAGUGUAAUUUUGAUUU